CCAAGUGUAGGGGUUCAAUGGCCUCCAUCCUCUCUCAACCCGAUCGACCAGCUUCGAUCCUCCACCGUAUGCCAGCUGAAGUCCUCCUGAUGGUCUUGAGCUUUAUCGCUGGGGAUGAUACUCGACCGGUUUCCCUCUUCCUUAAGGACGACACAGCACUCCCCAGCGGGGCGGAAUAUUGUGACUGCGAUGAACCUCUCCCCAUCCCUACCAACGAGCAGGAGUCCAUACUGUGGGAUUUGAUGCAGACGUCUCGCUAUCUAUGAGCAUGCGCUCGCCCGCAGUAUAUGACAGCGACUGCGCACCUGGUUUGCGCCUACGAACUCGAGUUUUAUAUGACGAGUCCCUUCGUCGAGCUGCAACUACGAUGCCGCUCAGUUUUUGUAUACCUUAGCGGAAUGCCAGGAACACCGCCUGUUCCACUCCAUCCUUUCCUGGGGUUUGUUGAGUUCCUGCCGGACCUUAUAGGACACCAUAUAAACAAGUCUUGGAAAAAUCUCAUCAGUCUCUUCCGGUUUCGAAACGAGACUUGGAUGAAGCGUCUUCGAGAGAUGACGAGAAUGUCCGUGGACCGGAGCGGCAACAUCUACAUGGUACCUGUGGAGGGACGUAUUACGUCGUGUCCUGACGUCAUGAAUCUAAGGGAUGAGCUCUUGGCUCUGCGCGGGAGUGUUGACGGCGCGGCGUACCUCCAGUUGAUCCCGGCACCGGAACACCCAACAGGGAAGUGCGACAGCGAUUGGCGUGGACUCCGGGACCCGCAGCAUCGAUUAUUCAAGAGGGGCUGGAAGAAAGGAGAUAUCGAGAAGGUCGACUGCAAGAAUGGAAUGAUCAGUGUUGUGCCGAGCCGGAAAUUCAUUUCAUCACGUCGCAAGCUCUCCGACGUAGGGAUCAAUGAGAAGCUCCUUCGCCAACAGCUCGACGAACCGGUGUACCUCAGACUUUUUCCGUCUGCUGGUUGUGAUGUGGAGGACGACGUGUUGGACGACGCGGGUGAUGACACAUAUAAAAAGCACUGCUCUGAUGUGGAGGGGAAAUCCAGUGAUGAAGGGGACAGUGACGAUGGGGACAGUGACGAUGGGGAUAGUGACGAUGGGGAUAGUGACGAUGGGGAUAGUGACGAUGGGGAUAGUGACGAUAGGGAAGGAUAA